AGAAAGAUUAAGAAUUUUAUUAGAGAAUGUUUAAAACCCAAAGAUUAAAGAAUCAUGGGUAAUGUUUGCUUUGGGGCCAAUUGGCUUGCAGUAAUAAAAAACAAAAGCAGUCACAUUUGAUGAACAAAAGUGCUUCUGUUGGAAAACAAGUUUGUUGAAAAGACAGAUGAGGGUCCAGAAGGUAACUAACAGGAUGAGGCCAAACAGCCACGUGGGCACGCAGGGAUUACGAGCAGCAACAAGAAGGUAAAGAGAUUAGACUCAAAACGGAGCCUGCUGUUUUUUUUUUUUUCACCUCGUCACUGUUGGCACACUGGCACCGCCGAAGGAAACUCCAGAGCCAAAUUUCUCUUCGUACCCUGACACCCGUCCUUUACAUCUCCUCCCUCGCUUGCACCUACUGCUCCAUCCAUCCCUGCUGCCGGUUCUGCUGUCUGCGGCUAGUCAAGGAACUGCACUGGGGAACAAGAGCUGAAGCACAAAUACAGGAACAGAGCUGCCUUGUUUGGUCCAGGCUUCACCCUGUCAGCAGCUUGACAGGAUAGACACCAUCUCCUAAUGGACUUGACAUCAUGAGAUUCUGGAUUUUUCUGUAGCUUGGUACCCUGUCUUCACACAUGAUCACUUUGGAAGUGAAUGAGACAUAAUUUAGCCAAUCAUGCUUCUGAAGUCAGGAGUAUUUCUCACCUUGUGUCUGUUUACUCUCCAGGCAAGUCAAAUCAAAGAACUCCAUGACAUAAACUUUUCUGGGCUCAGGGAUGUAAGGUACCGAUACUUUUUAGAAGCUUCUCGACCUAUCAGGCAUGAGACCAAUGUCCGAGCCGAGCAGGAUGGACGGCGGGUGAAGAGGUCCACGCUCCACACAACAGGCGUCAAAGUGUGUCCCCAGGACACGAUGAAAACCGUCAUUGACAGCCACCGGGCCUAUUAUAAACUCAGAGUUUGUCAGGAAGCAAUCUGGGAAGCAUUCAGGAUCUUCUUGGACAGAGUCCCAAGCCCAGAGGAGUACAGAGCCUGGGUGAACACCUGCCAGCAUGAAAACCUCUGCAUGGACGAGCUGGCCCAAAACUUCAGCAGCUCUCAGGAGCAUCUGGACAUGAUGGCCAGAAGAGUAGCAGAGCAGGCUAAAAGCGAAGGGUUUGUUGCAGCAACUGAAGAUCCACACAGUGAAUGCUCAUGGACUCCUCCUCCAAUUCUGCUUCCAGUGGAAACUGAUGAGGUUAAAGACCCCAACCUGAUUAAAGAGAACUAUGAGGAAUACAUUGUUGAGUUUAGCAUCACCAUCUCAGACCCGACAUACAGUGAACUGCUUAGCAACUCUGAGGCUCCGCAGUACGACAACAUCAGCAGAGAGCUCAGAGACAAGAUGGUUCAUGUGUUUGAAAAGGUUCCAGGAUUCAAAGAAAUACGUGUUCUUGGAUUUCGAUCAGAAGAUCUCUCUGUGCGCUAUGCUGUGAUCUUUAAUGGAGAAACAGAGCUAAAUGAUGACUCGGAGAGUUUGGAGAAGGAACAUGGCAAAGAGACAAAUGGAGAUGCGAAUGCUCCUAAACUGAGGCACAUCAUCGUAAAGGCCUUAAAUCAGGAGCCAACAUUGCUGCUGGACAUUCAGACACUCAACUUUGAGGCUGUGACCACAGUUUAUCCAGUUGUGGAGCUCAGCAUGGACUCCAUUGACACAGCCCCAUCAGCAGAGUCCACCCAAGAAUCAGAAGAUGUCAACACACCCACCCAAAGUUUAUUCCUCACUGUGGAAGUGUUACAAAACAAGCUGGAAAAUUCAGGCACUGUUAAACCAAAAACACAAACCUCUGUGCCUUUUAUCCCCUCUAUCCUCCCAAAGACCAGUUCUAGCUUUACUGUUAGGACUUCUUCAAUGGCAGCUGCAGAAGAAAAGCCCACAGAAGAGGUGAGAGAGGAAGAGGAGACACCACUGAAAGAUGGAGAUCCAGAGCUGGUGUAUGUGGACAGCACAGAACAUCCAGUUGGAACUUCAAGCUCCCAGCCUGGAGGAGAUCAAACUGAUGCCCCUCUUAAAGUUAACCUUGACCCACCACAGUCUACAGCUCCCACAGUUCAGGACACAGAUACCACGGAGCCAGCUGACCCACUUUCCAUCUUUUCAUCUGGUGAGGAUGCCAUCCAGGGCAGUGAACCUGAAUCAGAUGUGCAGCAUUUACCAUCCCCGGUGGAUAGAGGUGAAGCUCGAGAUGUUAGGUAUGACCUGAGCGGAGAACACAGUGGAGUGACCCCAGUGGCCGUAACACUUCCUGGAGAUAAUUCAAACGCCACAGAAGGAGUGGGACUAACAGACCUAGAGGAAGAGGAGAGUGGUAGUGGAUUCGCCUCAGAGUCUGAUGAAGGUCCAUAUGGCUCUACAGCCCCGCCUGCCGUGAGACAUGCCAACACACCUCUGAUGACAGCUGUGGAGAAGAGCAAAGAGUUGGUGGUUUUCUUUAGCUUGAGGGUCACUAACAUGAUGUUUACUGAUGACCUGUUCAACAAGAGCUCCCCAGAGUAUAAGUCACUGGAGAAUACCUUUCUUGAACUGACACAGCACUUUGGGUCCAGAAACCAGCCAAACCCUGGAGCUUCCAGUAAAUCUGGGCUGGGGAGACAGACAACCUUAGCCUCCAUACCGCUGUUGCCAUAUUUACAGACCAAUUUGACUGGAUUUAAGCAGCUGGAGAUUCUCAACUUCCGGAAUGGGAGUGUUGUAGUAAACAGCAGGAUGAAACUGGACAAGCCAGUACCUUACAACGUCACUGAAGCUGUGCACUGUGUGCUCGAGGACUUGUGCAGUGCAGCUUCUAAUCGGCUUGACAUCGAGAUUGACAGUCGCUCUUUGGAGGUUGAACCAGCUGACCAAGCAGAUCCCUGCAAGUUCCUGGCCUGCAAUGCGUUUUCACGCUGUGUGGUAAACAGUUGGACCAACGAGGCAGAGUGUCUGUGUGAUCCUGGCUACAGCACCGUGGAUGGACUGCCCUGUCAGAGCACCUGCUCUCUGCAGCCAGAGUACUGCAUGAACGGAGGUCUCUGUGAAAUAAUCCCAGGUCAUGGAGUCACAUGCAGAUGCCCUGUGGGUAAAUACUGGCACUACCACGGAGAACGCUGCAGCGAGCUGGUAUCAGUGCCUCUGGACCCUUCUCUAAUUAUAACCUGCCUUGUGGGGAGUCUCUGCCUUGUUUGCGCUGUCAUUGGCAUUUUAAUAUUCAUCAACAAGAAGUGCAUAAAAACCAGAAAGGCCGUGGCUUUGGUGCACACCCAUGCACCCUAUGCCUUUGAGAACACUUUGAGGGAGAACCCAGUAUUUGAGAAUGAUGACGGUGUCUUAACUCAUGUUUCCACCCUACCAUGUCCCUCGAGCUCUGCCUCUUCAAACUCCCAGCAGUCUGAGCAGGAACAUUUUGCCUCAAUUGAAAAUAUACACCUGAGUAUUGAGAUCCCCAGACAACUCUACACAACAAGAUCAGAAAAGUUAGUUUCAGACAUGGUGGGUUUCCAUCACAGUUUGCCACACAGUGAGCUGUUUGACGACUACAAAGACGUGGCGACUACCAAAUGAAUACAGAACAUGCUGUCUGCUGAGGGCAUCAGAUACCGACUGUUUUGAAGUCACAGUGCUCUGAUAGCACCUUGAUCUAGUGCAUCACUGUGCAUAGUUGAAGUGUUCAUAGUGAUGAAAGUCUCUUGUUAGACAGUGAGCUCUGGGGAUGAAGCUGCGUUCGAGGAGAACAUAAUAUUUAUUAAAUAUUAUAAAUGGUAGGAACAUUUCCUGUACACCCUUGGCAAAGGUUGCUCUUCCCUCACAAUGAGGUAUUUAUUAUUUACAGAAGGAUACAUAUGGCUGUAUCUCACUGUAUGUUUAGACAAAGUCAUAUAUUUUGUUUCGAUGCCAUUUUUUGUGUCCCAAAAAGAGAAUGUAAUGUAUAAGCUAUUGACUCGGCUGCUGUGCUGUCUCUGCUUCAGUCACUCCCAUUCACAACCUUAUCGUUAAUCAUUUGUCUCUUAAGAUUUGGACAUAUUUUUAUACAUUAUUUUCAUGUAAAGAAAAUGAAAUAAAGUUUUUAAAAGAA